AUGACCAGUUUGUCGUUGGCUCUUUCCGAUUUUUACUCGUUGAACUCAAACUAUUCGACAAGAAUUGUGCUUCAUACUAGGGAUUCAAAUGGACGAGUCACCGAUGCUGCAGCUAGUGCUCUCAAUUUGUUGAAGGAUGUACAAGUUGAUGCAAUAAUUGGUCCUCAAAAAUCGGCACAAGCAAACUUUGUGAUUGGUCUUGGAAACGCAUCAAAUGUGCCGAUUAUUUCUUUCUCGGCAACGAGUCCUUCUCUCCAUCCUCAAACUCCCUAUUUCGUUCAAACCGCUCUAAGUGAUGAUGCUCAAGCCGAUGCCGUUGCCGCGGUAGUUAAGUACUUCAAAUGGCAUCAAAUUGUUCUCGUGUACGAAGAUUCAGAUUAUGGUAAUGGCAUCACUCCGUACCUAUCGAAUGCAUUCCAACAAGUAAAUGCUCGAGUUUCAUACAGAAGCGUGAUUCCUAUCUCGACAACUAAUGAUUUCAUUCUUCAAGAGAUGUACAAGAUGAAAACUAUGCAGACGAGGGUGUUUGUGGUCCAUACUUCGAGCGCUCUUGCUUCUAGAAUAUUCUUGAAAGCAAAGGAAGCAGAAAUGAUGAGUGAGGGCUAUGUGUGGAUCGUAACCACCGGGAUCAUGGAGUUGUUUUAUUCGUUGGAUUCGAAAGUCGUAGAGUCUAUGCAAGGAGUUGUUGGAGUACGACCUCUCGUUCCAAGAUCGAGUAGACUCAAUUCCACCACCGCAAGGUGGACGAAGAAGUUUGCAGAUGACAAUGCCGGAGUUUCUCCACCGCCAGAGAUGAACCUCUACGCCUUGUGGGCAUACGAUGCUUUGUGGGGAUUGGCUACGGCUGUCGAUAAAACCGGAGUUCGGGAACAACCAAUUUCUUUGCAAAACGCAACCGCUCUUAACUAUACUAACAUGUUUAUUACUGAAACGUCGUUGACAGGUCCAAUAAUUCUAGCAACAAUGUUGGAUACUAAAUUUGAAGGUCUCGCCGGGAAUUUUCAAUUGAUUAAUGGGCAACUGCAGCCGUCAUCUUUUCAAGUAUUGAACGUAAAUGGAGAGGAGCUGAAGCAAGUUGGAAUAUGGACACCACUAUUGCAAAACUCGUCAAGUCAAACGAAUGCGAACAUGACGGGUUUUGUAGGUGAGAAAUUGGAGAAUAUUAUAUGGCCCGGAGAAUCGAGAAACGUACCAAAGGGAUGGGAGGUUCCUGUAAGCGGUAAAAAGCUUAGAGUUGGGGUACCAAUAAACGCCGGUUUUCCGGAAUUCGUAAAAGUGGAAAUGGAUCCUCAAACAAACAGUACUAAAAUAAGUGGAUUGUACAUAGAUUUGUUCGACACAAUCAUGUCAGCACUACCUUAUGCAGUGCGAUACGAGUUCGUCCCGUUUGUAAAAUCUGACGGCUCGUGUGCUGGGAGUUACGAUGAUUUAUCAUACCAGGUUUCUAUCGGGAACUACGACGUUGUUGUUGGAGAUAUAACGAUCACAACCACGAGAUCAGAAUACGUCGUGUUCACUCUUCCGAUAGAAGACGGUGGGGUUACGAGGACACAGAAAAUCCAAUACGACGACGAUCCGAGUGAUAAAUGGUUCUUCUUGAGGCCCCUCAAAUGGGAACUAUGGUUAACUAUCUUAUCCCUCUUCGUUUUCACUGGAUUGGCUCUCUGGAUUCUCGAACAUAAGUUCAAUGAAGAAUUUAGAGGCCGACCCGCAGGAUACCUCGGCUUAAUUUUCUACAUCCCUUUCAUGUCGAUAGUAUUCGCGCACCGGGAAAAAAUGGUGACGAAUUUAGCUCGACUCGUUGUAACUGUGUGGAUAUUCGUCGUGCUUGUAUUGGUCUCGACUUACACAGCGAGUCUUUCAGCAAGACUAACGAUAUUCAAGCUUCAACAAGGCGAUACGGAUAUAAAUAAUCUCAUCAGAAACGGAGAUUACGUGGGGUGCCGUGAGGGCACUUUCCUUGUGGAGUUCUUGAAAAGGCUUGGAUUCCACGAGUCCAGGAUCAGAGUAUACAAACUUCCAGAGGAAUUCGAUAACGCGUUGUUGAAUGGAAGUGGGAAAGGCGGGAUAACCGCAAUGUUUUCUCGAACACCUUACGCGGAUCUCUUCUUGUCCAAGUACUGUAACAAGUACAUGAAAGUGGGUUCCCCGUUUCUUACGGAGGGGGUCGGCUUUGGUUUCCCGAAAGGGUCGCCGUUGGUUGGGGAUGUGUCGAGUGCUGUCACUAAACUGACGGAUAAUCAUAUGAUAUCGGAAAUAAAGACGCGUUGGAUCAAACAAUCCGGGUGUACCGACAGUGAUACGUCUCAGGUGGGGUGGACCAACAUAGGCUUAAAAAGUUUCAAAAUAUUGUUUGGGGUAACGGGUGCGGUCACGGGGACGUGUGUUGUGGUAUUUAUAGUGUACUUGAUGUAUAGUAAAAGGGUUGAAGUGAGGAAGAUUUACGGUGAUUCGAGAACAAGUGGUUGGGAAAAAGUGUGCGGAAUUUGGGAGAUUUUUGACGAAAGAGACCGCGAAUUUCUCCCGGAGGAAGGAGUUCAAAUGGUGGACAGAAAUGCAGGUUGA